AUGAACUUGGACAAGGAGCUUACGGAACUGUCUUUAAAGGGAAGCUAUCUAAUGAGAUUCUGGUGGCUAUCAAGCUUCUCAACACUUCAACUGGGAAUGGACAAGAGUUCAUCAAUGAAAUGGAGACCAUGUGUCAAAUUCACCAUGUCAAUGUGGCUCGCUUGGUUGGCUACUGUGCGGAUGGUUUCAAACGAGCUUUGGUUUAUGAAUUUUUACCCAAUGGUUCAUUGCAAAAAAUUCAUAACUUCAGCUGAUAGAAAGGAUAUUUUCCUGGGUUGGGAAAAGCUUCAAGAUAUUGCUUUGGGCAUAGCCAAAGGAAUUGAGUAUCUUCAUGAAGAUUGUGACAAACGGAUCCUCCACUUUGAUAUCAAACCUCACAACAUUCUGUUAGAUGACAAAUUCACUCCAAAAAUAUCUAAUUUCGGUUUGGCCAAACUCUGUUCUAAGGAUCAAAGCAUUGUGUCAAUGACAACAGCUAGGGGCACUUUGGGCUAUAUUGCACCGGAAAUAUUUUCUCGGAACUUUGGCAAUGUGUCUUAUAAAUCAGAUGUUUAUAGCUAUGGAAUGUUACUGCUUGAAAUGGUUGGAGGAAGGAAAAUCACAGAUGUCACAGAAGAAAUGUGGCAUCCAGCAAACCGUCCAACCAUGAAAAAUGUGGUUCAAAUGCUGGAAGGGGACGAUGAAAAGCUAAUCAUGCCUCCUAAUCCUUUUGGUUCUUCAUAUGCAAUUAGAACAAGAGCUGCUAAUGGAGUAAGGCGAUUGCAACCAGAGUUAUCUACCAUUUCAGAAAUAGAGUGA